GGUUCCCUCAAUGACAUGAAAAUAAGUAACAAUAUUUUUCUGUGCCUUAUGUCUUCUAAAAUGUGUAGAUGCAUUAAUGUCUCCUGGGAAUUCUUGUGAAAAUGCUGGCAAAGGUGGAAUACGGAGGAGUCCAAAAAUACAUCAAAAUUCCACAAAUUGAUGACAACUUUGACUUCCAGAAGUUUCUUCAAGAAGUAACAGACAAAUUUAGUCUGCAGGCCCAACUUGUGUCUGAAGGUGUGCUCGGCUUGACUGACACAUCAGAGACUGAGGUUGAUGCUGAUUCAUUCGAUGAGCUGGUCAAGUCAGGGGUGAGAAACUUCAAGGUUGGAUAUCGCCAGUAUCCAAUAACAGAUAUUGCUAUUACUUUGGAUGAAUCAGAUUCAUCUGUAUUACUAGACCCAUCACUAUCUCCAGCAUCAUUGCCAGACCCUCCAGCAUCAACAGCUUCGACGCCAGAAUCGACAGCACAAUCACCAGCUUCUUCCAUUUCAUCAGAUGCUACUAUUAUCGUCCCAACCACAAAGAACAGGAAGAGGGCAGAAAAGGGCAUAAAAGAACUGGAUCGCAAUGAAGCAAGACAGAUGGUUGAAACUGCUCUGAGCUCUAAGCCAAAGGGUGAAGAAAUCUUCAGAGAGUAUGACAAAACCAAAACACUGUCAGUUGUGACACGCAAGCAGAUGAUCAACAUUCUGGUUGCAGAAAUGAUAGAAACAUACGGGAGGAUUCCACCAAUGCAUGUCCGGGCCAGUUAUGCACUUGGAAUUGUGACCGUUUUUCCAUAUCUCCAAGAUCCUUACUCAAAACAUGGAUAUGAACACUACUAUGAUCCUCAGGCCAAUACUGGCUAUCUUGCAUGGAGACUCAAGACAGUACAACGCAACACCCAUGAUGGCUUCCGUGAGUGUUCCAGGCCUGAUUUCCAGGACAGUCCGACAACCCAACGAGAAUCUCUGUUAACUGGUGACCAGCUAUUUGGUGAGGAGUGCAGGGAGGCUCUCUCCAUAAUGAGACACUCAAUGGACAAAUCUGUGGUUAAAGAGAAGAUGAGAGUCACCUUUGACUACAGACAGAAGCUUGUUCAUGACCAGGAUGCAACAGCUUCAGUGUUGGAUGUCUUCCCUCGUUUUCUUGAUACAGCUGGACUGAUUGAACAGGAUUUUUCCAUGAUGUUCGGGGAGCAUGUAUCUGGAAGGUUUCUUGCGAGGUGGUCUUCAGAUUUCAAGCACAGAGUCAUCACAGAAUGCCAGAGUCUUCCCUCGAGUCCUUAUGUUGACGAGCUGCUGGCUGCUUCUGAUCUUGAGGUUGAGAAUGACUACGGCUGGGAUAGUGAUAUGUCUGCUCUCAUGUUGCUGUUGCAUCUCCUGCCCCCUACAUCAAAAGGCCAGAAAAAAACUCCCAAGAUGAGCUCAGCACAGGCAGCCAAUCAUGUUGUCAGAUUCAUUAAGGAAGGAGCCAGCCUCACUACAUUCCUGGAUAAAGUUGAUGCAAGGCAGCCUUUCCUCCUUUGCAUCGGGGUGCAAAGAAAGAAAAUCGGAAGGUUCUUCAUUGUUGUGGACCAGAAAGCUAUCCCAUGCAACGCUCAGACAUCUGUGGCUGCUUUUGAUGUGCUGUUCAAGACUCACUAUGUCUUCAGCCUCUCCUAUGAUGAAGCACUUUCUGCAUUCUACACUUUCAUCCAAACAACGAUAUACAACAUCGAUGUUGGAACCACAAAGGAAACCCCACGAGUCAAGGAACUGAGGGCCAAACUACUUCAAGACCAUUAAAAUGUCACCAAUUCACAAAGGUCAGAGCACAGUUGAAAAAACUGUCUGAUUAUGUUCACAUGUUUUGUUUGUAAAAAGCACCACAAAAAUUGUUCAGUUCUUUGUCAACAUUUAAAAUUUCAGCAUGGACUAUA